CAGUUCUGAUUGGAACGCCACACAGCGCGGUACAGCAAGCGCUCCACUUGCCACAAUCCAAGCGCCACAAUCUGGACAGGAUGCGUUACACAUAUUGCAUCAUCCUGCUGCUGCUCGCACUGGCGACAACGAGCGGAUCGGCGAGCGGGCAGCAGCUGGAGCGCGUCAGACGCGCCACCGUCACCCUGGACUUUGGCCUGCUGUUGCGCAAUCUGCUGCAGAAGAGCGCCGACUUGUCCAACGUCAAGGCGAACAUAACGCGCAACAUAGUUGCCGCCAAGACGACGCGCCGACCUCCGAUGCGGACAACGGCAGGCACCACAACAGCGGCGCCUCCGCCGCCACCACCGCCGCCGCCGCCGCCGCCGCCGCUGCCGCGACGCAGGCCGUUCCGUCCGCUCUAUGGACCCAGCUGGUGGCCACGCCCCUAUGACUAUUAUCCGCAUCAGCCCUUCGACUAUGACUAUGACGUUGCUCCGCCGCCAGCUGCCGCACCGACAACAGCAGCGCCGCCGCCACAAACAACUCCUCCUCCUCCUCCUUCUCCUUCCCCGCCGCCAACAGCGCCAGCGCCAGCUGCAGCUGUGCCGAGACGUCUGCGUCCAUCGCUGCAUCCUUUGGGCCAUUUUUACUCUGACUACGACUAUGAUUAUAAUGGACCAGUCUAUGUACGUCCCAAUCCGCGACCACGCCCACAGCCGCAGCCCGCACCGCCACCGCCGCCGCCGCCGCCACCGCAGCCAGCACCAACAGCGCCGCCGCCGCCAGCACCGCGUCGUCCACGUCCGCUUCCACAGCUGGCCGAUCAGCUGAUCUAUCAGUACGCACAACCUGCCGAUAUCUACUCUAAGCCCCGAUCCUUCAAAGACGCCGUCGCUGCGGCUGAGGCUGCGGCUGGGGCUGGCGAUGGCAACGCCGAGAGGGCAACAAUUGAUGAUAACAACAGUUCCGUAAACAACGAUGACAACGAUGCAAGUGAUGAGGCACAACCUGGCGACAGUUUGCCGCCAACCAAUCCAGAUCCAAUACCAAACCCAAGCCCCAAUCCAGAUCCGAAUCCGAAUCCGAAUCCCAGCCAAUUUCUGGUCAACUAUCCGGACGAAACGCUGACCCCUGAACUGACGCAUGUUACCCGGCAGCCCGCCAAAUUCAAUCCGUACGAUCUGUCCAACAGUCUGGGCUUCAAUCAUUUCAACAGCUUCAGCAGCUAUCCAACCACCUCCUCCUCCAGCUCGCCAGGGUUGCCACAGCCGAGUUACUAUUUGCAGUAAGAUUUUUAAUGUGUAGUUCUCUUUUUCCCCCCAUCAUUUGUUUUGUUUUUUUUUUUUUGUUUUUUUUUUCCCUCUCAUUCAUUCACAAUUUGCUACUUUUGUAUAUACAAUUAGCAUUAUAAAUAUAUAUGUAUAUAUAUAUAUAUAUUUACAAUAAAUGUGUCGUAGUUUCUAAG